AUGUCGUCAUUCUCAAGACUCGUUCGCUUCCUUGCAAAAGAUGGCAAGACCUAUUACGGAGAUGCACUUGUACCCUCUGGAGCCAACGACUUGACACGAGUGGCCCAGGCCAAGGUCAUCCAGGGUACACCAUGGGGACAACAUCAAGUCACCGAGCGCGUAGCUGAUGUGCAGAAGCUCCUCGCACCAUUAGCCCGAGAGGACAUCAGGACUGUCCGCUGCCUCGGCCUCAACUAUGAGCAGCAUGCAAUUGAAUCCAACAUGCCCAUCCCAAAGUAUCCCGUUCUCUUCUACAAGCCCGUAACCUCAGUCACCGGACCCUUUGACAAGAUACCUGUCUGUGCGGCAGCUCAAGAAGGAGAAGGACUCGAUUACGAGUGCGAACUGGUCGCUGUGAUUGGAAAAGAGGGAACAAACAUCAAAGAGUCCCAGGCACUCUCGUACGUGGCAGGUUAUGCUGUAGGAAACGAUGUUUCGCAUCGUGACUGGCAACUCAAGCGCGGUGGUGGGCAAUGGGGUCUCGGCAAAGGCUUCGAUGCAUGGGCUCCCUUCGGUCCUGCAAUUGUCAGCACCAAGCUGAUUCCGGACCCGCAAAACCUGAGGAUCACGACCAAGGUCAACGGCAAGACUGUUCAAGACAGCAAUACUGGCGACAUGAUCUUUGGAAUUGCAAAGACCAUUAGCAUUCUGAGCCAAGGUACCACUUUGUUGCCUGGAGAUUUGAUCUUUACCGGAACUCCACAGGGUGUCGGCAUGGGCCGCAAGCCUCAGGUUUGGUUGAAAGAUGGAGAUGUUGUGGAAGUCAACCUCGAAGGCGUGGGCAGCUGCAUCAAUCAGGUCGGAUUCGAAAAGACGAAGGCACGUCUGUGA